UCGGAAUCGGGAAGCUGGUGUGUCUGCUAAAUGUUUAGCAGGAGAAAAUUGCGUUGAAAUAGUGUGGAUUCUUAGUAAAUUUAUUUUAAUCUUUCUUAUUUUACUUUGAAGUUUUAUUUUUCACAACGUUUAUAAUCAUUUUAACCUAACAAUAUUAUUUCUUACUAAAAUCAAAUAUGGGAUCGCUUUUUCGAAGCGAAGAGAUGACCUUGUGUCAACUCUUUUUGCAAAGUGAAGCAGCUUAUGCCUGUGUCUCAGAACUUGGCGAACUUGGUCUUGUACAAUUUCGAGAUCUCAAUCCUGAUGUUAAUGCCUUCCAACGAAAAUUUGUUAACGAAGUACGUCGUUGUGAUGAAAUGGAACGUAAACUGCGGUACUUGGAAAAAGAAAUUAAAAAAGAUGGUAUUCCAAUGCUUGAUACUGGAGAAAAUCCAGAAGCACCACAACCCAGAGAAAUGAUAGAUCUUGAAGCAACAUUUGAAAAAUUGGAAAAUGAGUUGCGAGAAGUUAACCAAAAUGCAGAAACACUUAAACGCAACUUCUUGGAAUUAACUGAGCUAAAGCAUAUACUUAGGAAAACACAAGUCUUCUUUGAUGAGCACCUGUACACUACGGCAGACACCAUAGGAGCACACUAUAGGAAUCCCCUCAGUUUCGUCGCAGGAGUUAUCCUACGAGAACGUAUUCCAGCAUUUGAACGUAUGCUUUGGCGUGCAUGCCGUGGUAAUGUAUUCCUACGUCAAGCAGAAAUUGAAACUCCCCUGGAAGAUCCCUCAACGGGGGAUCAAGUCUACAAGUCUGUUUUUAUCAUAUUUUUCCAAGGAGAUCAAUUGAAAACUCGAGUUAGAAAGAUCUGUGAAGGAUUCAGAGCGACUUUAUAUCCCUGUCCCGAAGCACCUGCUGAUCGUCGUGAGAUGGCUAUGGGUGUUAUGACUCGAAUUGAAGAUUUAAAUACAGUACUUGGACAAACUCAGGAUCAUCGACAUCGUGUUCUAGUAGCUGCUGCAAAAAAUAUCAAAAAUUGGUUUGUGAAAGUUCGCAAAAUCAAAGCUAUUUAUCAUACGUUAAACUUAUUCAAUUUGGACGUUACGCAAAAGUGUUUAAUUGCUGAAUGUUGGGUUCCCGUAUUAGACCUUGAAACAAUACAACUAGCAUUGCGUCGUGGAACUGAACGUAGUGGAAGUUCUGUGCCACCGAUUUUAAAUCGUAUGGUAACUUUUGAAGAUCCGCCUACUUAUAAUCGAACUAAUAAGUUUACUAAAGGUUUCCAAGCCCUCAUAGAUGCAUAUGGAGUUGCUUCUUAUAGAGAAAUGAACCCAUCGCCUUACACUAUAAUAACAUUUCCAUUUCUAUUUGCUGUUAUGUUUGGAGACACAGGACACGGGCUUAUUAUGUUUCUCUUUGGUGGAUGGAUGGUGUUAAAAGAAAAACCAUUGGCUGCAAAAAAAUCUGAUAAUGAAAUUUGGAAUAUCUUUUUUGGUGGUCGAUAUAUAAUCUUUCUAAUGGGUUUAUUUUCAAUGUAUACUGGGCUCAUAUACAACGACGUAUUUUCCAAAUCAUUGAAUAUUUUUGGAUCAUAUUGGAGAAUCGAUUAUAAUUUUUCUACAAUAGAAACGAAUAAGGAUUUGCAAUUAAAUCCUAGCGAUAAAAAUCAAUAUUUGCAAAUACCGUAUCCUAUCGGAAUGGAUCCUGUAUGGCAAUUAGCAGAGAAUAAAAUCAUCUUUUUAAACUCAUAUAAAAUGAAAAUAUCUAUAAUUUUUGGAGUGAUACAUAUGUUAUUUGGUGUAAUGAUUGGAUUAUGGAACCAUAUGUAUUUCAAAAGAAAGAUUAACAUAACUUGUGAAUUUAUUCCCCAAAUUAUUUUCCUAGUAUUUCUUUUCCUUUAUAUGACACUGCUUAUGUUUAUUAAAUGGAUAAAAUAUGGGCCUAUACCUGAUACCCCGAAAACCGGUCCAGGCUGUGCACCAUCAGUAUUAAUUACAUUUAUUAAUAUGGUAUUAUUCAAACCUGGAACUGCACCAGAGAAAUGUUCACCGUGGAUGUAUGAUGGACAAAGUUGGUUCCAAGGACUUCUUGUUGUCAUAGCUGUUCUUUGCAUUCCAUGGAUGUUAUUGGGAAAACCUAUUAUGAUGAUGUACAAUAGGAAAAAACAACAUUAUCAGUUAAACAAUCAUGGUACAGAAAAUGGAGAUAUAGAAGGUGCUGUUGAUGGAAUGCAACCUGUAAGUGGAAUUCCUCAAGGAGGUCAUAAAGAAGAAGAGGAAGAUAUGACUGAAGUAUUUAUUCAUCAAGGCAUUCAUACCAUUGAAUAUGUUCUUGGUAGUGUAUCUCACACUGCUUCUUAUCUACGUUUAUGGGCUUUAUCUCUGGCUCAUGCCCAAUUAUCGGAGGUAUUGUGGAACAUGGUAAUGAGAAAUGGAUUAACUCAAGAAGGUUGGUCAGGUGGUAUUAUUCUAUGGGCUGUGUUUGCAUUUUGGUCUGUUCUAACUGUUGGUAUCCUAGUCCUUAUGGAAGGUUUAUCAGCUUUCUUACAUACACUUCGGCUUCAUUGGGUUGAAUUCCAAAGCAAAUUUUAUGCUGGCCAAGGAUAUGGUUUUCAACCAUUUUCAUUUGAAAUUAUUUUGGAUGCAGCACAGUCCACUGCAGAAGAUUAA